UUUUGUGGUGGUCUUGAGCUCCUCCUCCUGCUGUGUUGCGAAACCCCUAGAAUCAAAUCCAAAGGGCUCUCUACUCUCUCACUCUCGCAUCGAUACCCUGUUACUCCUCUCGCGAUUCACUCGCAUCUCUCCCGCUGCUUGUCGAUCUCGAUUCAUGCUUCCUUUGUCAUAGCCUGAAGCUCCGUUUCCGCUUUCGUCGUCCCUCAUACUCUCGCCUUUUUCGCACUCAGAAGAGGGGGCAGGAAGCACUUGGGCUUACAAUGAUUAAGCUAUUCAGUGUGAAGCAGAAGCAAAAGGAAGAUGCUCAGAAUAACAAUGGCCGUCCUAUCAAGAAGCAAAGUGCUGGUGAAUUGCGAGUGCAGAAAGAUAUAAGUGAGCUGAACCUGGCCAAGACUAUCUCCAUACACUUCCCCAAUGGCAAGGAUAAUCUUCUCAACUUCGAAAUCACCAUCCGACCAGACGAGGGCUAUUAUCAAGGUGGUACAUUUGUCUUUAGUUUCUCAAUCUCACAGGUGUACCCUCACGAAGCACCUAAAGUGAAAUGCAAGACCAAGGUAUACCAUCCUAAUAUCGAUUUGGAGGGCAACGUCUGUUUGAAUAUUCUCCGUGAGGAUUGGAAGCCUGUCCUUAGCAUCAACUCCAUCAUUUAUGGCCUUCAGUAUUUGUUUCUGGAUCCCAAUCCAGAUGACCCCCUCAACCACGAGGCUGCAGAAGUUUUGAGGGACAAUCCUCGGCAGUUUGAACAAAGUGUGCGAAGGUCGAUGCUCGGUGGUUAUGUUGGUGGCACCCACUUUCCUCGAUGUAUGUAGAGCUUCCAUCAUCUGGUGAUAGCAAUGUUUGAAAGAUAAUCUUGAAAGUGGAAGUUCAUUUCACAUAAGCUUAUGAGCCCAGGUCGCAAUUACCCAUGGAAAAAGAAAAAGAAAUUCUCAAGUAAACCCUAAACCCUAAACCCUAAACCCUAAAACCCUAAACCUGAUUCUUCUGUUCAUCUUUGGGUCUUCGUAAUAUUUGUAUAUCGUUCUUUGUAUUCGACAUACAAAUAUGAAAAAAACCUUCUGCACAGGUAGUUGAUGCGUCCCCCCCCCCCUCUUUCUUGCUUUCUUUUUCAUGUUUGUCUCUCGUUCUUAUUAGUGGAACGCGCUCAUUACAUAAUGGAGUCUGCUUUACUGCAUUUAUUAACGGUUCCUCACCAUGGCAAGAAAGCUCUGCUCUUAUUCUAAGCAAUUUUAUGAGGAGCUCUGCGUUUAUUUCAUAUGAUGCUAACAGGAAGGUGAUUUUGGUUCAGAGGCCAAUUUUCGAGGUUCAUAACAGUUAAUUGAGCUGUUAGAAUUGGCUGCACGAGGUUUUUUGACAUGAAGAGGCGAGGUUUUUACAUCAAUGGCUUCUCAUUAACAUUUCACAUAACCCCAUUCAGAAGGUGUAACAACGUCCACAAGACUUUUGGCUUGAGUGCAGCAUUUGGUUUGAAACGCCAAAGCUAAAUGAUCUUGAUGUUGUGCUGAGAUUGUAUGGAAAUGUAUGUGUUUAUGUA